AUGUCCUUGCUUACCCGUCGUCUACCGUUGAACCAUCAUAUAAUUCGCCGAAAUUUGGGCUUAACAUCGAUUGUGUACCAGAAAACGGAUCCCAUCCAACAAUUAUUUGUUGACAAAAUAAGAGAGUAUUAUCAGAAAAGAAGUAAAACAUCAGAUGGUCUCGUCGAUGCUACAGCAGAAGUUCGUAAAAGUUUAGAAGAUACAUUGGCCAAAUUGAAAAAUGCCUACGGUGCAGAAACAGAAGAUCUUUUAACAUUACCAAAAUAUACGUUUAAAGAUCCUCAGUUAGAUAGUAUUGUUGAUAAAACAAAGAAAUCGAUGACUCAACGACCAGUGGUAUUAAAAAGUGGCGAUUUGGAAAAGUAUAGUCAGGCGUAUGAAGCAUGGUCGAUAAGAGCAAAAGAAGGAAAACAAGAAGUAGAGCGUGAACGAAAACUGCAUGAUGAAAAAUCAAAAACAUCGUUACCAGGUUGA